CUCCGCGCGGGCGCGCGGGCAUGCCGACACCCACUCGGCCGGUCCCGGCGCCUCGGCUCCCGGAAGCGGAAGGGGAGCGCGGCCCGGCCUGGGCGGCGGAGGCGCGGAGCCGAGUGGAGAGCGGCGGAGCGGGCGGCGGAUGUCUUGGCCCAGUGGCUACUUGAAGGGCAAUAGCUUGCUCCUUUUCCCAUUUGGAAGAACAUGUCUGGUUAACACCCAGGAAAAACCUGACUUGGCCUCUUCAUUUCUGGCUUCUACUGUACCUGAGUGUUUUUUCCUAGUGUUAUUUUUGGAGGAAGGUACUCACAGAGAACUGGUAUUGAAGGGAGGCCCAUAUGAUGGAAUAUGAAAUGUAAAGAAAUAAAUAAAAGAAUGACUCAAGAAGAUAGCACUUCUAAAUGCAAGUGCCAGAAAAAUCACAGUUCAUCUCAGUGAAUUUGCAAGUGGAUUGUCUUGCCUGUGGGCUGGCAGGCAGUUAACAGGACUGCAGAAUGGGUCUUCGGAUUCACUUUGUUGUUGACCCGCAUGGUUGGUGCUGCAUGGGCUUGAUUGUCUUUGUCUGGUUAUACAAUAUUGUUAUAAUUCCCAAAAUUGUCCUCUUUCCUCACUAUGAAGAAGGACAUAUUCCUGGCAUUUUAAUAAUAAUAUUCUAUGGCAUUUCCAUAUUUUGCCUGGUUGCCUUAGUGAGGGCCUCCUUAACUGACCCUGGAAGACUCCCUGAAAACCCCAAGAUCCCACAUGCAGAGCGGGAGCUGUGGGAGCUCUGCAACAAGUGCAACCUGAUGAGGCCGAAGCGCUCCCACCACUGCAGCCGCUGUGGCCACUGCGUCAGGAGGAUGGACCACCACUGUCCUUGGAUAAACAAUUGUGUGGGUGAAGACAACCAUUGGCUCUUUCUACAGUUGUGUUUCUACACUGAGCUGCUUACUUGCUACGCACUGAUGUUUUCUUUCUGCCACUAUUAUUAUUUUCUUCCACUAAAAAAGCGUAACUUGGACCUCUUUGUUGUUCGCCAUGAGCUGGCUAUCAUGAGACUAGCUGCCUUCAUGGGCAUCACUAUGUUAGUUGGAAUAACUGGACUCUUCUAUACACAACUGAUUGGCAUCAUCACAGAUACAACAUCUAUUGAAAAAAUGUCAAAUUGUUGUGAAGAAAUAUCGCGGCCCCGAAAGCCAUGGCAGCAGACCUUCUCAGAAGUUUUUGGCACUCGUUGGAAGAUCCUGUGGUUCAUUCCUUUCAGGCAGCGGCAACCACUGCGAGUUCCCUACCACUUUGCCAAUCACGUCUAAACAGAUGGAUGGUGGGCACAGAUGGGUCCUCCAUGCUGGAAAUGCGUUACAGGUUUUAUGAGAAUAGAACUAUGACAGUCUUCAAGUCAAUUAAAAUCCACCCACCAAUCUUAGGCAUCAUAAUGUGCCCCAGGCUUCAUUUUAAUAGUGAUCUUGAUCCUGUUGUGGGACUAAUACAGGAUCUAUAUUUAAGUUUUAAAAGCAUGUUUACUUUUAAAUUAGCCUUCCACCAGGGUUUCUUUAAAUGUGUUUGUUACUAAACUCAGAAGGCAGUGAUUGGGAUGAAACAAUUGUACAUACAUUUUCUUCAGUACUCACAGUUUUGUUUUUUAAUUUUAAUUUAUAGGAAAUUUGACAUGUUUUAUGUUUACCUUUAAGCAGUCCUAACCAAAUCUGAAUUUAAUUCUUCAAGUUUACAAAACUGGAUACAGUUUGUUAUGUAUAAGUUAAAAUGUUAUUACUACUUGCUUUUAUAUGUGCUGCAGGGUUUUAGAGUGCAGUGAACAACAAGGGGCAGUGCCUGGCUAGGAGCAGCUCUCUGAUGCCCUUCUUUCUCCUUCUCAAAACCACAGACGACUCCCUGAGUGUAGUGCACCAACUACUACCUUACUGUAAGGGAGAAUCUCUGUUUCCCUUCUGUGGCAAUCACUGAUUGCUUUUAGAAUAUUUGCUCCCAGGAGAAAUGUGUGACCAGUCAGGUUUAUAUUCCUGUUUUACCCUAAGAUUCUAAUGACUGAAGAGGGCAGGAAGUUUGCAAUAAUUCCAGUUACUUCUUCAAGUGCAGUUAUAUUAGAAAGCAGAUGUUUUAAAAUGCUAAACUGGAUGGUGUGUAAUAUACAGUGUAAAGAGGAAAACUGUGCUUUUAAAGUAUGUAUACUUUUAUUUAUCUGCCAAUAGAUCUCACUGUACACAUUGAGGAUUUAUAUAUUAUAGAAUAGAUACUGGUCAACUCAUAUCAAAGUUUAAAAGUGGGUCACUAAAUUUAUAUACCAGUAAUCACCCAAGUUGAAAUUGAAUUUCCACUUAUCAUUCGCAUCACUCUAGAGACCUUUUAUUAAUGUCAGGAAAUUACUGUAAAAUAGAAUGAUCUAUGGUAGUGAUGGUCUCUUAACAAACAUGAGCCUUUUGUAUACAAAGACAUUUCGUAUGAUUUAAUUUUUUUCAUUUAGAAUACUGCAAUUCCAUAUGUUUGUGUGCUUAGUAAUCUUUUCCCUGAAAUGAGCAUUGAGCAAAUCUACCAUUUGUGAACCACAGACAGACUUUUCUUAUAAGUAGUUGUAAAGUAAGGGAUCAUAGCUGGGAAAUACUGUGGCUAGUUCUUUCAGAUACUGUAAAUGUCUUAUAAAAUAUUCUGAAUAGAAUAAUCUCUUUGCAGAAAUAUUAAUACCAUAUUUUCAUGUUCUAAUUAUGUUUAUUUAAAAACUUAGAAGUGGCAGAUGAAAAUAUUUAUUGGUGCUAAGACAUAUAGUAAGUUUAAUAUAAGAAACAUUUAUAAAGGUUAGGAAACAUAAAAUUAGUAUGUUUUAGUAAAGGCGAAGGGGUUGGGUUUUGUGUAAGCUGAUUUGACUAACUUGGCCGAUGACAGUUACUAAAGGAAGUGCUGUACAUAGGCUGUUGGGAGAUAGAAGUUGAAUGCCUUCAGCUGUAUAUAUUCAGUUCACUCAAGACCUGGAGCAUCCAAAGCAGAGCCAAACGAAAGCCCAGUGUGGAGCUUUGUAAACUGCUUUAUACUUCUGGAGCAGUAGUAGCUCUGACACAAGGUAACGGGCAUGAUCCCUUCCCCAUGCUGCAGUUUGUGGGUUUGGUCUGCUUACAUGUACCACUUCUGGGCACAUUAUCUCCCCUUCUCUUUACUCUCCCUGGUCCUGACCCCUCUCUGCAGUUUCCUAACUAGUCAUUGUACUUAAUGCACUAGUUUGAUCUACAGAAAUGCUGUUAUUGAUGUAUUUACAUAAGAAUCUAUAUUGCAGUAUAUCUAUAUAUACUUACAUAGUAUUGUUAAAUGUAUAUGUCUAACCUCCGGAGGGGUUUGUAAUCACUCUUUAGAUUCCUAGAGAAAAACCUGUUGGCCAUUUCCUAGGGAUUAAGCUCCUAUGUUCUUUCUGCGCCCUCUUUUGGUUAAUUGAUGUAAUUAUCCUGGCUCUUGAGGCUUUUACUAUCCUGUUAGUGGGUUGUAUCGCCAAUCUGUGAACAUGCCAGAGGUAUACAUGCCAGUGUAUACUUAUAGGAACAUAUGUAUAAAAGUGUAAAGUUUUAUAAAAAUUGAAAAUGAAAGUGUUAUUGUUGGUGAUGUUCCUUCUAGGUAAACUGCCUGGCUUCAUGUAUUUAUAUUCUUGUACACUUUUUACUGUCAGUCACAAAUUUCAAUUAGUAUAAGCUGUUUCAUGUAUUUUACUUUAAACCUUAUUUUGGCAACUUAUCUUGUUAGCAUUAUAAAAACUUACUUAAAAUUCUAUUUUAUUACAAAACAAAACAUUUAUUACAGUUGCUGUGGUAACUGUUAUUCGGUAUAUUUUACUAUUAAAAAAAGUACAUUUAAUUUUUUUCAAUUCAAUUUUGGGAUUGUCCCCUUCCACACACACACAAAGGCUCAAUUGCCUUAAAAUAAUUAGUAAUUGGUUAAUAAUAUUAUUUUUCUUUGCUUUUUAAAAUGCUUGUCAAUGAGAGUUAACCCUGUAGAUUAUUCAAUAGCCCCUUUAUUUGUCCCUCUCAGUAACCAUGGGAAUAACUACCCAUGUGGGGUCUCAGGAAGUGAUGGAGCAAGGAGAUCGCCCCUUCAUAUCUACAGUGCAUUGAAGUAUUUAUAAACUUCCUGUUUAAUUUUAGCAAAAUGUGUGUUAAGUGACAUUUUUACAUAAACAAAGUCACCUCAUAGGAUCCUGCAGUUAAAGUGUUAAGACCAGGCUGCAGAUACUUGGUAAACAAUUAGAAUUGGGCACGCAGGGUGGCUCCAUACAGAAAGGCAUUUGCUGUACACGGACCCACUUAGGUGAAGAAGGAAAAAAGCUCCUGGCUUCAUAGAGUUGUCCGCUGACCUCCACAGACAUGCCUUGGCCCUCACGCCCCUCCCCAUCAUCGUCAUUCAUUCAUCGUCUCACACCCAGCACACACAAACGUUUCUGAUAGCUAAUUGGAUAAGCUUGAUGUCGGUAACAAAGGACAGGGUCAGAAUCUCCUAAACAUUAAACAGCCUACUAAGGAGUCUUUGUUACCAGGCCUCCAUUUCAGAGUACUCAGCUAGCUGCUGUUGCAUGGAAAUAAAAACCUAUUUUGUUUUAUAAUUUAUAUUUAAAAUGUUUUAGUUAACACAAAAGCCAUUUAAAUUUGUAGCUAACAUAGGAACCUGUUUUUCAGAAGACAAUUUAUUUUAAUAGUAAUAAAGUAGGGGCUGAUGUGUACCUCAAAAAUUAGAGUGCACAAGAUGCCCAGGAUUUAAUCCCAAGAACCAGGAAAAGACAAGAAGAGGAUGUAGACAGUAGCUAUAGAUGCGGAAGAGCUGAGUGGAACAUCUCAGAACAUUUCAUAAUGUGCAGGAGUGGUUCCGUGAAGGACGAUGGCUCGUUCCAGCCAUUCUUAAUGAGACUUUGGGUUAUUUUCCUACAAGCAGCUGUUUUGCUCGAGAGAUGUACUAAUUCUAAACAGUAAUCACAAAGACUAGAAUUAAGAACACACUUCCUAACGGGAGAUACAAAUGAAUUUAGAUGAAAGCCACAUAGUUUUUGUGUCAGUUCAUGUGUAGUUUGAAUGUUCUUACAUGUAUUGCUAAAAAGAAAAAAAAAAUCACUAUUUGUCUUGCAGUGGCUUAAUAUGGCACUAAUAUUCAUUAGCAUUAUACUAAUUUCUGUCUAGACGGUCUGUUCUCUGGGUAGUUCUAUUGUAUGACUUGUAUCAGUAAGUAGAUAGCCUAGCUACAGUUCACUAAACUAUAGUAUGUCAUUAUGUAAAUUUUUGACAUAACCUCAACUAUACAUACAUAUAUUGGGAAUUUAUUACAAACAUUAUGUCAUUUACUAAUAGUUAAAACAUUAGACUUUCAUCCACCUCUACUAAUGCUUUGAAAAUCGCAAAUAUUGGCAAAUGUAGUUAGUAAGUCCUGUAAACUUAGUGUGUUCUAUUGUUAGCAUUAUUGACUAUGUAAUUAAUGAGUGAGAAUACAAUUCAGUACUUACAUUGUUACUGUCUUUUGUUGUAGGUACCAUGCUCGGAGCUUACUUAUGAAUAAAAAAUUUAGUAUAAUUUAUGUUUAGCUGUUCUUAGAAUCUACAAUAUUUUAUAGUAGAACAUGGGAAAGUAUUAGAAGCUGUUUACAUGAAGUACUUUAUACCAGUAUUGUCACUGACUAAAUGAACCAAUAUUUAGCAUUUCUGCUACCUUUCUGAUGGUGAUGACUUAACUUCAAGAAGUGACUUUUCUCACUUCUUCCAUUAUCUUUAUGCAUUUUUUAAACAAAAUUUAUUUUUUAAAAGCCAUUUUGUUAAAACCAACAAUAUUUUAUGAGUUCUUUAGAUGUGACAAUAUUAUCUGCUAGUGAUAAUUUGUAGCAAGUUAUUAUUAUUAUUAUUAUUAUUAUUAUUAUUAUUAUUAUUAUUAUUUGGAGACAGGGUUUUACUGGCUUUGCACUCAGAGUCCUCCUAUGUUUGCCUCCCACGUUCUGGGAUUAUAGGCAUAUGCUGCUGUGCCUGGCUCAGAGCUUAAAACUCUUAAGUCAUUGGUAAUACUGAUUUUUCAUUAUCAUAUCUUUUACUAUAUUACAGCUUUCCCCCUGUAUCUACCCUAGAGUUCAGGUACCAAUGAGUAAUAAUUAUCCAAAAACUAGAUUAAGAAAGUCGGGGACAUUAGUAAGAUGGAGCGAAGGCUAAGUGGACAUAAAUAGUCAGCAUCUGAAAAGAGCUGACUAGAGACAGCUGUGAUAGCCAGUACUGUCGCUGACACCAUGUCACUGUAGAGCCUGAUACCUGCACAGCCAUUCUGGGAAGCAUUUGGUUUGAGCUGUUUGAUCUCCACUUAUUGUUCUUUCUCCUUAGCUGGCCAGAUGCUCUUGAGAGAUUAUUUUUGAUUUCAGAUAAUUGUGUAGGCUAAGUUAAAUUCAAGCAUUUUUAGCAUGCACAUGUUAAAAAUAACAUAGAAGUGUAGCUGUAAUACAAAGGAGAAAUGAUUGCUUGCCCAAAGUUUGAAAAGAACUGGAACCUGUCUGAGGAGUCUUUUGGCAAAGAAAUACUGAGUCACCAGAGAAAAUCAACAACUCAGUUAUGAAGGAAGGGAUCUGUUGGGCUUCGCAAAUGUCUUCAUUUCUGAAGCCCUUCAUUUCCUCAUGUGUAAAAAUAGUGCUCCCCAUAGUUGCUCAACUGUGUAAUUAACUAAUUGCACGUAUAAAACCUAGUUUUCAUCUCACUAGCUUUAUAAGGAAAGAUGUAGCCUGAGCAUCCGGGGCCACAGGCAUGCCUCCUCUGGACUUUGCUUGCCUGUUUCACUCAGCACAGGGUCUCGUUGUUUGUAGGCUGUCAGUUAGAGGGAAGACGCAUCUGCAUACUGAUAGCUCUGUGUCCACGCCAGUGUGGAUGGGUGAUAUUUUAACCUACUCGUGCCUGAAAUUAGUGUUUUACAACCUGAACAAUUAAAACAUCCUGGUGCUAUUCACUUUAGCAUUGAGUUACAUUUUUAAUUCUUGAACCAAAGAAUUAGUUUUCUUUUUGGUUGACUGAGAGCUUCUCACAUCUGUGUCUGAAGAAGUGAACAGUCUAUUGACAGCUUAAUUUCAGCAGAGUCAAUUGUAAAUGAAUCUUAGUUAGACUUAUUUUUUUCUGUUAUGCAUAUUAGUGUGGGCUUUAAUUUUGUACUUUAAUGUAACAUGGCUACUAUAUAAGGUAUUUUAAUAGGCUGAAGCUAGUAAAGAUUAUUGAAUCACUUUUCAAAAGUCUCACCAACCCCCCUUGGUCUUACUUCAGCAGUGAAGAAAAAUUAUUUCUAUAAGCAAAGUAUUCUAUUGGACACUUUUAAUGACUGCUCAACCAAAUGCUGAAAUAAAGGGCAAAUAAUAGGUCCAUUUUAAAUUACAAGUCAAGAAUUUAGUACCUCUGUGUGGGGGCAGGGUAAAACCUUAAUGGCUUUAAAUAAUGAUACAGGUAUUUGCCUAAUGAGAAUGAAAUUAAAGGACACUUUUAAAAACAUAAAAGUCACAAACACAUCACACACACACACACACUUUCCCAGUAGGAAGUCCAGAGGUACGUUGACUUGAGCAAACACCCUGACAGUUGAACUUCAUAUCAGAAGCAGUUUGGGUGCUGCUGCUCACCAUACGUGAAAAUUAGAGUCAGACUGUUUUACAAACUAAUUUUUCAGUGAUUUAUGUAACCAGCAGACAGCAGUCCUCUGGCUAGAUUUGUCCAGGUGUCAUGCUGCUGCUUAUGACUGGCUUCUCUGUUCUUCCCCUGAAGCUCUGCAAACAUGUAUCAGGGUUUCCUUAAAACAGAAGCUGGCCCAGCUGAUCACUCGGCCACACACGGAACCAUGGGGGGCUGGGGGGGGGGGCGGCUAGGAAGGUAGACAGUCACACUGAAAAUGCUUGUGUCCUUUCCAUUCGCUUCAGUCAGUGUCUACUUGAGGGUUGAUGCAAUAUAUGGUUUUGCAGUGAAUUCUGAAUGGAAAAAAGAAUCAGGUCUUGAAAGGUGACAAGCUCGUGUGCAUAGAUGAGCAAAUACGAUAGAAAGCAGGGGAGGGGCUGCCCUGGGAUUGUUUCUUAAUAAUCCCACUGCUUGUCCAAUUCUUAAAAGGCAGAGUGUAGUCAUUUUUUUCAAGUAGGAAGAGAGAGGAGAGAAUUUGCCACUGCUUGCUGUCUCCUGGUGUGAUUAUUAAAAAGCAAAGAAAAAAAUCAACAUACAAUAAAAGCAACUAAAGGUACAGAAGGAAGAAAUUCAUCCCAGUUAGAGGUAUAGGAUGAAUGGGUUGUAAGCCCAAGGACAGACGGAAAACAGAGGGAGCGUGGAGUUAGCCUGGCAAGUUUAAUCACUUGACACACACCUGUGCCAUUCUGAUGCUCCAUGUAUUUGCUGUCUGCUCCAAUUCUCACAUAUCCCUAAUUGAAAAGCACUGCUUGAAUUUCAAUAAUGGUGUGUACUGUGGGUGCCUAGGAAGACCCUGUCUUAAAACUUGCUGGGUGUGCUUUCAUUCAGCUGUACUGUGUGUAAGUCUGAGGGCCUUGGCCUGCAUCAUCUGCUGUUUUGUUUUGUCUCUUACCCUAGGAAAACCUUCACUAACAUUUCCAGUGCUAGUGGUAGUAAGGAAGAGAGUAGGUAAGGGAACUGUGAGUCCUUUGAGGAGAGGGAGGGACAUACAGGUGGGUGGGAACUGUGAGGUAUACUUAAUUGUUUAGAUGAGACGUCUACACUGGUUCUUCUAAUGAAAAUGGACUAUGUAUCUACCUUAAGAACAACAUUGCUUUUAAUUUAUUUUAGUGAUUUUUGUUUUAUUCAUGUAAUAUUCAAUUUUCUUUGCAAAUUGCUUUUAAUUUAAA